AUGCCGUCGAAGAAGACCUUCAAACAGCGCCGAACCUUCGAACAAAGAGUAGAAGAUGUCCGACUUAUCCGAGAGCAGCAUCCUACCAAAAUCCCGGUAAUAAUAGAACGAUACAAAGAUGAGAAGCAGCUUCCAGUCCUGGAUAAAACAAAGUUCCUAGUGCCUGAUCAUGUCAACAUGAGUGAGCUCAUCAAGAUAAUUAGAAGGUGCUUACAGCUCAACGCUAAUCAAGCCUUCUUCCUGUUAGUGAAUGGACAUAGCAUGGUGAGUGUGUCCACACCGAUUUGUGAAGUGUAUGAAAGUGAGAAGGAUGAAGAUGGAUUCCUGUAUAUGGUAUACGCCUCUCAGGAGAGUUUUGGAAUGAAAUUGUCUGUGUAA